CCAGGGCUGCGUUCCACCAUGUUGAGAGGAGCCGCUCGUGGUGCAAAAGAUACGUUUACCCUUUUGUUGACAAGAUCUGGGUGCUGUAAUUUUUCAUCCGCAUGGACCGAAGUAGCAAGCAGAAGCUUCCUCGUUCAUCCCGCUUACACAACCGAUACAAAAUCAAGAGAGGAAAACAAGAAAACCAUUGAGGGUCUCUACAGAUUGUCAGUUGACAUCCAGAAGAUACGCAGACUGAAGGAAUGGGUCCUUCUCCAGGAUGUGGCCUACGUUACAGAAAUUGCUGGCAUCUUACAAGCCAUGGGAGCAGAUGAGACUGCAGUAGCCAGCAUUCUAGAACGCUGCCCAGAGGCAAUUCUCCAUACCCCUGCAGAGAUAAACUCUCAGAGAGCUCUAUGGCAAUUAGUAUGCCAGAAUGACAAACAGUUGAUUAAAUUAAUAGAGCAAUUUCCAGAGUCUUUUUUUACUACUGGGUAUUGCGAGAACCAGAAGGCAAAUAUACUGUUUUUUCAAGAGCUGGGACUGAAGAAUAACAUAAUCACCAGGUUUCUGACAAGCGCGCCCAGUAUUUUCCACAAUCGCGUUGAGAAAAACAGAGACGUGAUAGAGACGUUACGAAAAAAUUAUUUACGUUUAGGAGGUUCUGAUGCAAAUCUGAAGAUCUGGAUACUGAAGCUGUUGAGCCAAAAUCCAUUUAUUUUAUUAAAUACCUCCACUGCGAUCCAGGAAAACUUGGAAUUUCUCCAGAAGAAUGAUUUCACUGACCGCCAAGUUCUACAGCUGCUGUCCAAACUUAAAGGUUUUGUUUUUCAGCUUACUCCCACGACCAUGCAGGAGAGCAUGCUUUUUUCCAAGAGCGUCUUUAAGUGCAGCGACGCAGAACUGAAAGAGCUCGUGCUGAAAUGCCCAGCCCUUCUCUGCUAUUCCGUGCCAGUUUUGGAGGAGAGAGUCGAAGGACUGCUGAAGGAAGGGAUUUCGGUAGCACAGAUUAGAGAGACACCCAUGGUGCUGGAGCUGACCACGCAGAUCGUUCGGUACCGAGUUAAAAAACUCUCUGCUUUGGGCUACGAUAUAAAGAACGGAACUCUAGACAGCUUGAAUGGUACUAAGAAAGAUUUUGAAGCCAGUUAUGGUAAAAUACAAUCCAAGAAGGAGAGACCAAUUUUUAAUCCUGUUGCUCCUCUUAAUGUUGAAGAUUAA